AUGGUUCACAAAGUCCUCUUCUGGAGCGGCUUCGGCAUCGCCGUCCGACUCUGGCAACUCGGCAUCGAAAUGCGCCCUCUCUUCGUCAAAGAGUCCCUCUGGGCGUACCCCCUCUUCGCCGGCAUCGGCGGCAGCUUCGGCUACUGGAUCCAGGGCAUUGAACAGCGACAACUGAAGAUCCUCGCACAGCAAAAGGAAGCUAUCCUGGAGAAGCGUCGACGACGAGACGAGGGUUUGAACAAGGUGGAAGAGUCUGCUACCUUGGCUGCGACGUCGUGA